AUGGAGUUCAUCAACCAGAGCAAAUUUAUCUGUUUGGCCCUCAUCCUCAUAUUGGGGGCUUGGUCAUCUGAAGCCACUUCUCGCAGCCUGCAGGAUGCAUUAAUGUAUGGGAGAUACGAGCAAUGGAUGAUUCGUUAUGGACGCAUAUACAGCGACACUGAUGAGAAGGAGAAGCGCUUCAAGAUAUUCAAGGAAAAUGUAGCAUUUAUAGAAUCUUCCAAUGACGAAGCAAACAAACCUUACAAACUAAGUGUCAACGGAUUUGCAGACCUUACAAAUGAAGAGUUCACAGCCUCAAGAAAUCGAUUUAAGGGUCAUGAGUGUUCCACAAAGACCACUUCUUUCAAAUAUGAAAAUGCUACUGUGCCAACAAAAAUGGACUGGAGACAGAAAGGAGCGGUUACCCCAAUCAAGGACCAAGGCCAAUGUGGUUGUUGUUGGGCAUUCUCAGCGGUGGCAGCCAUGGAAGGAAUUACUCAACUCACAACUGGUAAAUUGAUUUCACUGUCUGAGCAAGAGCUGGUUGACUGUGAUGUAAAUGGUGAAGACCAAGGCUGUGAGGGUGGCCUGAUGGAUGAUGCCUUUGAGUUCAUCAAUCAAAACCAUGGACUUAGUACAGAGGCAAAUUAUCCCUACACAGGCGUUGAUGGUACAUGCAAUGCUCAAAAGGAAGCAAGCCAUGCAGCCUCGAUAACCGGCCACGAAGAUGUGCCUGCAAACAGUGAAAGCGCCCUUCUUAAGGCUGUCGCUAAUCAACCGAUCUCUGUUGCCAUUGAUGCCAGCGGAUCUGAUUUCCAAUUCUAUUCAAGUGGUGUUUUCACAGGUGCAUGCGGAACGAGCUUAGACCAUGGUGUUACCGCUGUUGGUUAUGGAGUCGGCGAUGAUGGAACUAAGUACUGGUUGGUGAAGAACUCAUGGGGAGCAGAAUGGGGUGAACAAGGGUACAUAAGAAUGCAAAGAGAUGUUGAUGCACCGGAAGGUCUCUGUGGUAUUGCUAUGGAAGCCUCUUAUCCCACAGCAUAA